AUGCCUCACACCCUCCCAAUGGCUUCCCUCCGCUCUGCCCUGAAGCGUCAGCCCAUGCGACAGUCCGUGCGACUUUACUCUUCGCAGACCACGCCCCAGACCUCUCCAUUUGCUCCCCGCCAUUUGCUCUCUAUCGCGGAUCUCUCUCCCACCGAAUUCGCAACUCUCGUUCGCAAUGCCUCUUCCCACAAGCGAGCGAUCAAGUCCGGAUCAAUUCCUCAGAACCUGCUUGGUUCAUUGUCAGGGAAGACGGUUGCCAUGAUGUUCAGCAAACGAAGCACACGGACAAGGGUCUCAACAGAAGGCGCUGUGGUGCAGCUGGGCGGUCACCCGAUGUUCCUAGGCAAGGAUGACAUUCAAUUAGGAGUCAACGAGUCCUUAUAUGACACCUCAGUUGUCAUCUCGUCCAUGGUGUCUUGCAUGGUUGCACGAGUUGGUCCACAUGAGGAGAUUGCUAGUCUUGCGAAGCAUUCUUCUGUUCCAGUCAUCAAUGCUCUGUGCAACUCCUUUCAUCCCCUACAAGCCAUUGCGGACUUUCAGACUAUCUACGAAACAUUCACACCCAAAGCCCAUCACCUCUCAAGUCUAGGUCUGGAGGGCCUGAAGAUCGCUUGGGUGGGCGACUCCAACAACGUUCUGUUCGAUAUGGCUAUUGCUGCCACUAAGAUGGGAAUUGACGUUGCUGUUGCGACCCCUAAGGGCUAUGAGAUUCCAGCGGAUAUGGUCGCGCUUAUCAAGUCUGCUGGAGAGGGCGUUUCGCGGCCCGGAAAACUCCUGCAAACCAAUGUUCCUGAAGAGGCGGUCAAGGAUGCAGACAUUCUAGUAACGGACACCUGGGUGUCCAUGGGAUUCGAGGAAGAGACAGCCAAGAGGCUUCGAGAAUUCGAAGGCUUCCAGAUCACAACUGACCUUGCCAAGCGUGGAGGCGCCAAGGAAGGCUGGAAGUUCAUGCACUGCCUUCCGCGACACCCAGAGGAGGUCAGUGAUGAGGUUUUCUACGGUCAUCGAUCGCUCGUCUUCCCCGAGGCUGAGAACCGGUUAUGGGCUGCAAUUUCUGCUUUGGAGGGGUUUGUUGUCAAUAAGGGAAAGAUCGAGUGA